UGUUAGAUAAUAACAGUAGCACAUUAAUAUGCAUUGAUGUGUCAUAAAUUAACGAAGCAUCGCAAUUAUAAUGAAUCAUUCAUACGAAUAAAUGGAAAAUGUACCGUGAUACCAUUACAAAUGUUGAAUGAAGCAGAUAUUGAUAAUUUUAUGACCGCUGCCUUGGAUGAGGCACGGGACGCUUUGGAACGUGGCGAAGUUGCGGUUGGCUGUGUCAUUGUAGACAAGGAAAAAAAAACGAUCGUUGCUCGGGCUGGGAACAGCACGAAUCAAAAGCAUAAUUCCACAUGGCAUUGUGAAUUUGGUGCCAUUGAUACUUUGUUUUCCUUGGUGCCAGAUGGAAAGAUCGGUGCCAACGAUCAGGCCAAUAUACAGGCAUUUACGUCUCGAUAUGCUUUAUUCGUGACUUGUGAGCCAUGUAUUAUGUGUGCCACAGCACUUCACAUUGUAGGAUUAACAGAUAUAUACUACGGAUGCGACAACGAAAAAUUUGGUGGUUGCGGCUCUGUACUUUCUUUACAUGAAGGUUAUGGCGACUUCCCCCCCUUAAACUGUCAUAAAGGCAUUCGUGCUGAGGAAGCUAUUCAACUUCUACAGACCUUUUACGCCUCCGGCAACCCCAAGGGUAGGUAUUUACUGCUGGAAUAUAACCCUUAGCAAAAGACAUCGCAAGCUCACAUAAGUCGUUUUGAAAUCAUCGCUUCCAUCUCUUUGGAAAGUUUUUUCAUCGAACUGUGGUACCAUUCAUCGUCCAAUUUUCCAUCCUCAUAAAAUGCUUCACCCAACGGCACUUUGUAUACGUCCUUAUGGGCUACAUCUCCCACAGAUGCGUAUGCUGUGGUCCAUAUUCAUUUUUAUUUGUGGGACUUACAAAUGUCGAAUGUGGCCUGACGCCAAUUGAGAUAGAACCAAAUGUAAAAUUUGCUGUUUCCCUGUGUGAUGUGUAUCACAUAUGACAACUACUUACUGGACCGAUUAAUCUGCUCUGUGAUCCAUGCAAGAUGAUUUUAUCAUAG